CGGAGGAUGGACGGCAUCACUGCCUCUAUGAGCAGAGCUGGGGCUGCCAAGUUAGUUAAGAAAGAGUUCCUGGAGGCUCUCAAAACAAAUGACUUCGAAAAGCUGAAGGCUAUUUUAAUCGAAAGGCAAAUAGAUGUGGACACAGUGUUUGAAGUGGAAGAUGAGAACAUGAUUUUGGCGUCUUACAAACAAGGCUAUUGGCUGCCCAGUUACAAGCUGAAGUCUUCCUGGGCAACAGGCCUGCACCUCUCAGUUUUGCUCGGUCACGUGGAGUGCCUGAUGGUACUGCUGGACCACAAUGCGACCAUCAACUGUCGGCCCAACGGGAAGACCCCUCUGCACGUGGCUUGUGAAAUAGCCAACCUCGAAUGCGUGAAGAUUCUCUGUGACCGUGGCGCAAAGCUCAACUGCUACUCCCUCAGCGGGCACACUGCUUUGCACUUCUGUACCACACCCAGCUCCAUCGUCUGUGCCAAGCAGUUGGUGUCGAGAGGUGCAAACGUGAACAUGAAAACCAACAACCAGGAUGAGGAGACACCCCUGCACACGGCGGCUCACUUCGGCCUCUCUGAGCUGGUGGCCUUCUAUGUGGAGAACGGGGCCAUCGUGGAUAGCAUGAACGCCCACAUGGAGACCCCACUGGCCAUCGCCACCUACUGGGCCCUGCGCUUCAAGGAGCAGGAGUACAGCAGGGAACACCACCUCAUUUGCCGUACGCUUCUAGACAACAACGCUGAGGUCAACGCUCGGGAUGAUGACUUCAAGUCCCCUCUGCACAAGGCUGCCUGGAAUUGCGACCACGUGCUCAUGCAUAUGAUGCUGGAGGCAGGUGCGGAGGCCAACCUCAUGGAUAUCAAUGGCUGUGCAGCCAUCCAGUACGUGCUGAAGGUCACCUCCGUGCGUCCUGCUGCGCAGCCCGAGAUCUGCUACCAGCUGCUGCUGAAUCACGGGGCUGCGCGCAUCUACCCCCCACAGUUCCACAAGGUGAUCCAGGCUUGCCACUCUUGUCCCAAGGCAAUUGAAGUUGUGGUCAAUGCCUAUGAGCACAUUAGAUGGAACAUAAAGUGGAGGAGAGCCAUUCCUGAUGAUGACCUGGAGAAACACUGGGAUUUCUACCACUCUCUCUUCAAGGUGUGCUGUAACACUCCCAGGACCCUCAUGCACCUGUCAAGAUGUGCCAUUCGAAAAGCGUUACACAACAGAUGCCACAAAGCAAUUCCUAUGCUGUCCCUCCCACUGCCAUUGAAGAAGUACUUGCUUUUGGAGCCAGAGGGAAUCAUUUAUUAAGUCUUAGGAGACAACAGUUCCCAACCCUAGAUUUCUAAGUGGACUCACUGGGUAGACGCAGUUUGCAUGGAUAAAAUGGUACUUGGGUUGGUUAUCACACUUUAGGGAUUUCAAAAUGCUUUACAAACACCAAGCCAUUAAUCCUAAAGUAGCAUGCUGAGGGAAAAUAAGCCGGUAAAGUUAAAGAAUUUUGAGACAAUGGCCACAUUUAGAAGGUAGACACCAUUGCACAACAGUAAUAGCUCAUGUAGUGACAACUUUUAUUAGGUACCCAAUGAAGUUUGUAGAACUUUCACAUGUGAUUUCAUCUGAAAAGGGACCCACAUUUUCUUACAUUGAAUCUCAUCCACUACAUUAUCAGUAAUAAGUUUACAUGACUGUUUAGUUUGCAAAGUGGCAGGGUUUGUGAGCGACCUCUUUGACCUCUUAGGCUUGGCGUCUCCCACCAAUGACUAGUGAGGAGACAUUGCUGUUACUAGUUUUAGAAACACCUCCUCCCCAAACCAAGAUCAUCCACUCCGUUUGGUGACAAAUGCACAGGAGUGCAGUGGGAACAAGAUCUUUGAGUCUAGAUAGAUAUAAAAAAGGAAAGAGCAGUUUACUUAAUAGCCUAGGAAUAGACAUUUCUACACACUCACUGAGCCAGACACUGGAGGUCACAGAUGGGUCAGACAGGACUCCUGUCCUCCAGGGUCGCAUGUUUAACAGGGGAUCCAAACAUACGAGCAGGUGACUGCUGUAUGAAGCGAAGGGGCAGGAGUACAGGUGCAAAUUCAUAUUUACUGCUUAACUUUCUGAAGUGUGCUGACUUGAAGCGCGUGAUUUUUUUUUGAAUCAUGGAGAGCUGUGUGGAGGGACCUGCUACUAUUAUGGUAAAUGUCUUUGAAUUUCUCCAGAUUAUCUAGAUAGUGUUUUAUUUUGUGUGGUUUCCUAUUUAGUACCAUCACAGACUCUGAGAAAAAAAAAUAUUCUACAGUCCGGCUCUCACAUAGAUGAGAAAGAACUUUAGUGAAGUGGGCAAAAGCAGUUGUGAAGAGAAUGACUUAAUUGGUUUUCUUGGUGUUUCCAUGGGACAGGUUGACAGUGUAGAGCAUUUUAGUUGAUAGAUAAGGAACUCGCGUUUUAACAGUGGCUCCCUUCAGACGAUUAAAAAAAAUAAAAAAAUAAAAUAAAAAAAAUAACCCUUUGCAAAGUGUAGAAGGAAGUAUUUAGUGUUUGCUCGUAGAAUCACACUGGUAUGCCUCCUGGAGAACUUGGUUUUGCCCAUUUGGUUCUCAUUGACACUGUUGGAUUAGCCUAUCGCCUCUGGGCACAGACUUGGUAGCAGUUAAAGUAGUGAAGUGUAGACACUGUACCUGCCACUGUGGGCAGACUCCUUUCAUUUCUCUGUGGUGUUGCCUCUUGCUUUCUGUCAGAUUCUCGUCUGUUGUGGUGACUAGAGAUGUUGUCAGAUAUCCCAGUAGUUCCCCAUGUAGCUGUGUUUGUAAAUGGAGACCCUCUUACCCCCAGUGUUAUGUAGAUGGACAUGUUCAUGCUUUUGAGGUAUCAAUUUAACUCAACUGAUUUCAGAAAAAAAUUAUUCUGUAUUAGAACAAGAUUGUUAUCGUGGGACAGAAUGCUGAGUUUGUACAGAUUACACGUAGAAAGUAGUUUGCUUGACUGAAUGUUAUUUAGAACAUAUCUCAGAAUAUUCAAAGGGUUGGGGAUUUCUCUCUAUCAUCAGGAACAUUCUGGUAGAAAAGUCUGUGCUAGACUGAUUCAUCACAGGUAUAGAGUGACUGAGAACAAGCGGACAAGGUGUUCCUCAUAUAGGGAAUUAGGGGAGUUUGUCGUAGUGUUGCAAUGUUUCCCUUAGUCUAGCAUAGAAUUUGUAGUCACUUGUUUUGAAUUGCUUGCACGUGGAUUUAUUGCGAUUACUUCUGUACCUUGACCUUUAAUAAAACUUCAAUAAAGAUCAUAAAUAAAG